GUCUAGUUUAAAAUAAAACAAACCCGAACUCUCCAGCUUGAAGUAUAUUAAAAACUCUUGGGACGCACUUCAGGGUCCUUUUAGGACCUUGAUCUCUGAAAAACUCCUAAACCGUAAGACUUAGAGACAAAAAAAAUUUUUCAUUCCCAUAACUCAUUGUGCCUAACAUUUAUGGAAAGUUUCGUCAAAAUCGGAUGUACGGUGUCGAAGAUAAUCUCUGAGGAAGGGGGGCCCUUAAGAGAGAGAAUGUUCUGCCAUGCAUUAUACACACCGUACAAACAUGACUAUCUGUGNUUGUUGCAAUUAUUCUUCAUAAUAAAACAUAACUUUUAUUUCUCAUCUCGUUAUUCCUAUUUAUUCUUCGUAUAAAAUCAUUCUAUAACAGCAAACAAAAUGCCAUUAUUAUUUUUAUCGUUAGUUUUAUUUGUUUUUGGCUCAACCUGGAGUACACCAUGGCUUGAUACAACGGCAUAUUCGGAAGUUGAACUUACUACACAAACGCGCUCUGAACAGCCACAAUUAGAAAAUGAUCGUCCACAGAUACUGAUUUAUCCAUAUUGGAGGAAAAUGGAUGAUCUAUUGAAAAGUCAUCAACAGAUUUUACAGAGUAUUCACAUAAAAUUAAAGAACAAAACACAGGAAAAGAAAAUGAAAAUUACAGCAUGA